AUGUCCGUUUCCGACUUGCCGUUCCCAUCGCCACCGCCAUGGCCUCCAACGUGGGAGAAGAGACAAGCCUAUUUGCACUGGUGGCUUCUACUUUUCAUGACAGGUGUCGGGGCAUUGAAGGCUGCCGGCUUCCUUCGCCACGACCUUUCUCAAAUCGUCGGCGUGCUGGAGUUUGUGGGCGGGGCCCUUCUCCUGCCACGAUGGUCAAUAGUAGCGAAUGCUCUUGGCAAGGGUGGCUAUGAGCUGAGCUUGCGGGCAGGCUGCUGGUUCAUACUCAUGGGCUUGGGCAUGAUUGUGUCGACUCGCAAGAGAAAGAGCCCUAUAUGUUGGAGUCAGACAGUUCUGUGCUUGGAGCUGCUUCGUGCCCGAGGUGGAAAUGCUUCCGUAGGCAUCGGUGUCAUGAUGCUCCUGGCUGGGACUGCUGCGGGCUGCUUCUUGCAAGAGUUUGUCUUUCUGAAGAAGGCCGCCUGA